AACUGAAAUUCAAAAUGGCGGUUCACGAUGAAUAAUAAGGGAAUAAAAGUCUUUCAUUUUCACUGAAGAAUGCCGUUUCCUUGCGAAGAUUUCAUCUGAACUUUUCUGAAACGACUGCUACUACUCUCUACAAGCAAAUAUGUCGAUGCUUUCGCUAAUCUUCCUGGCUGUUUCAUUCCUACAAUACGUAAAUUCAGAAAGUUCAUCGAGUCAGGCAUCAUAUUCAGAUGUCCGCUGUAAGUGUAUUUGCCCCAAAGAAGURGGAAGCAACAGAACAAGAAAUGUUUUUGUGGCAACUGUUGAGCCUGAUCAAUGUAAUUGCCAACACAUUGUUAAAAGAGAAGAAAGUUUCUGUCUGCGAUGCCAGUGUAUGUACGAAGCAAGGAAUACUAUAUUGAUAAAGGUUGUGAUAAUAUUCAUUGUUGUUUUGCUGGUUUGUAUGACUGUCUAUGCAGUGUACCUGUUUGUGGAUACUAGGAUGUCUCCAUUUGAGAUUAGUGUCACAUCAGAUGAGAUGCAGGAACAGUUAGCAGCAAGGACUCGCAGACGACGUGGAUUCAGCGUCCGAGCCAUUGAUCAGCGGCAUACACGAUGGAAGCAACAAGUCGCUGAGCAACGCCGUCACAUUUAUGAUACAAGAACCAUGCUGAGUUAGCCUAGAAACAAGAUGAGAUGAAGUCUAUCGUAGACAGUGCAAGGCAGGUGGCAGUGUACAGCUCUUUAAAAACUGUUGUCAGUGAAUUUCAAUGAUGGGAACUUUAGCCUUCAGUACUUUGUAGCUACUCUAGCUGAAAACAGUUUUUUAAAGUUGCUUAUUUAGAAUGAUUUACAGUCAAUAGAAUGAUUGCCAUUUAAAGGACAAUUUAAAGACAACAGGAGAUGGUGGAAUGACUGACAGCUGUCAAUCAUACACCACUCAUUAUMAUAAUAUAAAAAUAAGCAGGUCAGCAUCUCUUAGCUUAACUAGGAAGCUUAUGAGAUAGGGCACUAUACAGAAAGUGAUUGAUAGGUGUCAAUCAAAAUCGCUUUGCACAUCAUAUCACAUUCAAAAUGUGCACAAUAAGAGAAAAAAUGUGAUUGAAAAAUGUCAAUCACCGUUUAUUUGCUAAAAUGAUUGACAAAUGUCAAUCAAAGAUAGCAUCAGAUAUUUUUGAGUAUCAAAUUCAAAAUCAAAUUCAKUUACAUGUGCAAGCGAAAGUCUUGGACAAAAAAUUGAUUGAAAAAAUUUGCUAGCAAUAAUGGUAAAUCUUGAAAUUUAAAAUCAUGUUACGUUGCGUGCUGUACSUCGUACGUACGUGUUUUCUUUGAAAAACAUUUUAGUCAAGGCUCAUGUACGUUAGGUGGCACGUACAUUUACGUUGUCAUUUGUAAUCAUGUUAUCUUGUUACGGAUCGUUACGCGAGUUGUACGUAGSUACGUGUUUCUUUUGAACCAACGUAUGAAUGUUUUCUUUAGUGAAAAUUAAGUUCUACAUUUACGUGAAAUUACGUUAAACUAUUCACAUGCCCAUGCGAUUCCGUUCACUGCGAUUUCCUCGUCAUUGCUCCGUGUUAUAGACGCACCUCUGAACUUUUAUAUUUGGGCGUUGGAGUGAAACAUCUUUCGUUCCGUUUCGUUCCGUUUCCGUGAAUUUAACGGCGUCUAUUUAAUAUAGAAGUCUUAGCCACGAGGUUUAUUCGUGCGAGCAACGAACCAAAUAGUCUAGAUUUCUUUUAUCUUGUUAUUUUUUAUUAACUGCCGAGUUUAUAAAAAUUACGUGAACAUA